AUGCUCGUAGAUACUAUUAAUAUUAGUUCAACUGCAUCCACUUCGGCCUCAACUUCUCCAAGUCUUUCGGUAUCAUCAAGAAGACCAAUGUUCAUUUGUGUUGUUUGUGGAGAUGUUGUAAGUUACUAGCUCUCAAACUCGAUUUCAUAGAAAAUUCAUAUUAUUUUAGGCGCUAGGAAAACAUUAUGGUGUAAAUGCAUGUAAUGGAUGUAAAGGAUUCUUUCGUAGAAGUAUUUGGAAAAAUAGAACUUAUGCUUGUAGAUUUGGAGGAAAAUGUGAGAUUGCGAAAGAACAAAGAAAUUGUUGUCGAUCUUGUAGAUUAGCGAAAUGUUUGAAUGUUGGAAUGAAUCCAAGAGCUGUUCAGGGAGAUCCGGUUGAUGAUAAUAUUGAAUGGGAUGAAGAAGGAACUCCAGAUGUUAGGUAAGCUUAAUUUUAUUGUUAGGUUUCUAGAAGUAAAUUGAUUUCAGCGAGGUUGGUACACAAACUUGUAUUCAAAUGACAAAAAUUAAAACGAAGAUUGAAAUUCAAAAAGACAAAAUUGUUUCAAUUCUUCGAGGAGUUUAUAAUCGAGUUGAUCCUCAAGAUUUAUGGGAAACUACUUAUCCUGGAGAAUAUGAUUUUACCUAUGCGUUUUUCAAUACGCAAGUAGUUUCAUCGCGAACUCCAAUCAGACCAACAGCUGAAAGAGUUGCCAGUUUGGCUGAUGUCGUAGCAGACUAUCGGAGAAAUUUUGUUCUUUACACCGAUUUUGUAAAAUCGAUAAAACAACUUGAUGAAAUUUGUGAUGAUGACCUUAUACGAAUUGCGAAAUCAAGAUUUGCUGCAUUUUAUUGGUGGAUGUGUGCAAAUUGGUCAGCACAAUCAGGUUGUGAUGGAGUUUGUUAUGCGAAUGGAGCAUAUCACCCAGUUGAAAAAGCAGAACAGCCUAAAUCGGAGGAGAAUGGUAUUCGAGUCGAUUAUGCAGGUGUUACUAGGAAAAGUAUGGAUAUUUUGGUGAAUCCUAUCAAAAACAUGGAGUUGUCAGAAGAAGAAAUAUUAAUUGGAGCAGUUAUGAUUAUACUAGCUGAUCGUAAGUUAUCAAUUAUCAGAUUUUUGAACAUGCUAAUAUUCUAGCAGUGCCAGAAGUCAAUGAAAGAUCGACUAGUAUUUUGGAAAACGCGCGAGAUUUCUAUCUAGAGUGUUUGGCUUGUUGCUCUAAACAAUCGGAAGAAAGAACAGCGGUACGAAUUGGGCAGUUGACUUUACUCGUGGCGUCCAUAACGGUAUUUAAUUAAUAUUUUUAAAAAAACGACCUUAAUUUUGAUUGUUUCAGGAUCUCGUACACAUGACAACGGACAAUAUGCAGCUUUCGGAUGUUCUACAUGUUAUAGAUUUCGGUCGUUGGUCUAUGGAGUUGAGAGAUCAUAGAUAUAGACGUCAAUUUUGA